CGCGUGUCGCCCAGUCUCUCACCGACCUCGCGCCCGUCAACGUCGUCGUCGUCGUCGUCGUCGUCUUCGUGCCGCCGCCGUCGCCGUCGUCGUCGUCGUCGUCGCUCGCCGUCGCCGUCGUCGUCGUCGCCGUCGUCGUGCUGGUGGUGUUGUGCUCUUUACUACGGUGUUAGACGUGUGCCCGUCAAUUCGCUCGUGGUUCCCAUUCACGCCGAUCAUCGUUUGCUAAUCGUGUUUGCCUUUUUUCGUUCUCGCUGUCAACGCACACCCUUUGUGUAUAUAUGUAUACGUAUAUUGCCUCACUUACUCUGUCUCGAUUUAUUCUGAACAUAUAGAAGAGUAUAUAUAUACACACAUACAUAUAUACAUAUAUGUGCAACUGAUUGGCGUAGACAAGUUAACGGAAAUUAAACAAGAAUCGAACGAGAUUUAUCAUGGAUCGCUGAGAAAACCGGCACACAGGCGUGAAGUUGGCGGAAGCUGACCGGUGACACACAAAGUGGACUCGGUUUGUUAUUCCGUCCCGUGGCUGGUCCGCUAUCGUGCCCGUUUAUCCGACAAAGAUCUCUGUUUAUCUCGAUUCCGAUCGAUUCCCCGUCACAGGAUAUCGAGAGGUGUCAACUGUCCAUUGUUGCCGUGUGUGUACACGCCUAUAAACGCGCGCGUCCAGUUUUCGGAGAAACGUGCGGGAAAGCUGCUUUUGCCGGUCGAAGUGUUCGUUCUAUUGGCGAGUCUGUUUCUUAAGAAAAUGUCGUCGCUGCGAACGCAGUCGACCGGCGGUGGCGUCCUCGGUUUAAGCAGCGUCGGUUCAGAUCGUACCGGUGCCACCUCGACCGCUGCCGGUUCUCAUUCACAUUCGCACAGGAAGCACCAUCAUCAUCACAGAAGCAGAAGCGCGCCCAGAGCGCCGGAAAAACCACCGAGGAAACGUCAUCUUAAUCCUGGCCACAGCCUCGCUUCCAUUCCCAGCCAGAUUAAACUGUCGAUGCUGAACAGCGGCCUCAUCUCCUUCGCCACGGAGGAACUCGGUAGCAGCAUGAGCACCACCCUGCCGUCCGCACCGACCGAACUCUCGCAAUUCCCCAAGCUUUGCGAGCUACGUCGAAAGUUUCCUGUUCUGUACCGCGUCGAGUUUCAGACGGCAACGAAGGUGGAGACGCAUUCGUGUAGACAUGCCACGAAACCAGCCAACAAGGAAAAGAACCAGAACCAAAGGUGUAUUCCUUAUGACUACAACAGGGUGGUUUUGGAUCCUGUGGAAGGCGAGCCUGACUCCGAUUACAUCAAUGCCUCUUACGUAGAUAGCAUAUUGAAACCGAACGCUUACAUCGUGACACAGGGACCUAUGGAGAACAGUGUGACGGAAUUCUGGCGGAUGGUUUGGCAGGAGAAAGCCUGCUGUAUCGUCAUGCUAACGAAAACCUUCGAUUUCAUUAGGGUGAUGUGCGUCCAGUAUUGGCCAGCGAGCAAAGACAAGGACGAAGAAUAUGGCGGUAUCGGUGUUUCCGUGCUGAAGGAGGAAGAGCUGGCCAAUUUUCACAUACGGACGAUAAGACUUUACAAGAAGAAUAACAAUGACGAAGUCACGGAAGAACGAACGUUAUUGCAAUUCCACUACACAGAAUGGCACUCGCAUACGUGUCCAUUCGGAAACGCGGUUUUAGAGUUCCGUCGACGCGUGAGAGCGGUAGUCGGUUCCACCAUAAAGAACGAGUCUGGACCUAUGGUGGUCCAUUGCAACGAUGGUGGUGGAAGAUCAGGCGUGUACCUGGCGAUAGAUGCGAAUAUGGAAUUGGCCGAGGAAGAAGAUGCCUUCGACGUCUUUGGCUAUUUGAAAAAGUUGCGGCAAAGCAGAAGAGGACUUAUCGAGAACUUGGAACAAUAUAGAUUCGUGUACGACACGCUGGAGGAGUUUGUGGUGUGUGGCAUCUCGUGGUUUCCGGUCUCAGAGUUGUCGCAACGUCUUAAGCAGAAGAGCGUAAAAAAUCCAAUAACUAAAAUGAAUGAAUAUCAGCGGGAAUAUCAGCAAAUUUGUAAGCAGACGCCGCGCUUUACGAUCGGAGAUUGCGCUGGAGGCCACAGGGCUGAUAACAGGGAAAAGAACAGAGACGUGUUGGUUGUGCCGCCUGACAACUUCCGACCAUACCUCACCAGCUUCCAGGGUAACAGUUACACUGACUAUAUAAAUGCUGUCUUCGUGGACGGUUACACGAAGCCCAGGGAAUACAUCGUUACUGAAUGGCCUCUUCGACACACGUGCGGUGAGUUUUGGUCCCUGGUUUACGAUUACGAGUGUUCAGCCGUGGUGGUACUCUGCGUACCUCCCCCAGGCUCCACCAACUUCCCCAGUUUCUGGCCCGAGGGAAAACACUCGAAGAAAUACGGACCCGUUUUUACGAUUGAUCACAUCAGCCACAACCACUACACGAACAUCAAGACCUGGAUUUUUAGGAUAAACAAGAAAAUCGUGUCACUGACCGAGCUGAUGGCAGGCGUGAAAGCACCACCGAAGACGGUUCAGUUGUUCCAACUGACGUGUUGGCCUAUGGGUCACAAAGUUCCAACGUCGACAAACAGUCUGGUCGAGUUGAUGAAUAUGGUGGAGAGGUGGAGGCAACGAACCGACUAUGGACCGGUCGCUGUGGUCUCCCCAGAUGGCAGAAGUCGUUGCGGUGUAUAUUGCGCCGCAAACGCGUGUAUAGAACAAGUGAUUCAACAUGGGGAAGUGGACAUUUUCCAAGCAGUUAAAACUGUACGCAGACAUAGACCUCAGCUUGUCGAGAACAUGACCGAGUACAAAUAUUGUUACGACCUGGUGCUACAUUACGUGCUCCACUACCUGAACAAGGACAUGAACGAGAAAAAGUGAGAAAGCGAGUUGAGGGACGAGCUGUGGUUCAUUGAGUUCGGUCGCGGGGCGGCGCUGCC